UGCACCACGUCCUUGGCUCCCAUUAGUGAAGGCAAGAUUUCUUCCCAGAGCCUAGUCUCCUUCCUUCUCCGAGCUCCUGCAGGGCAGGGUGCCUCAUUGGUUUGGAAAGGGCCUCAACACGCGCUGAUCCUAGGCCUCGCGACUCCAGGGGAAUCGGAAAUCUCAGCCUUAGUCCUCUCUGUUGCAGCCGCGGAUGCUUCAGGGCCAGGGCCCUGGGAGGAGGAGGGGCUGAGCUGCCGGCGCACAGAGGAGAAACCUCUUUUGCGCAGCCUUUAAUUCAAGUCUUCUCUAUUAACUUGCAAUUUCCUCAACACGCAGCCUGUGCAAGGCACAUCCAAUCUGAAUUUUUUCUUUCAAAAAGAAAUAAGAAUACGGCAGCCCUGGGCCAAUAAAUCACUCACCUGAAGGCUGCCAGCCCCCCUCUCUGGGCUCCAGCGGAGGCUGGGGGCCCCGAGCAAGGCAGACCCGGCGCAGACCCGCGCCCCGCCCGCGCAGGAGGAGCAGCGCGGAGCCUGGGCGUGGGCCGUGCGUCCCGAGCUGCGCGUCGUGUCGCCGGCGGGGCGGGAGCGGCUGCGGUUCCUCCCGCGCAGCGCGCACCGCUUAGAGCCAAGCCUGGCCGGCCUGCCCGCGCCCCAGAACAAUCAACCAUGACGACCGAAUCUGGAUCAGACUCAGAAUCCAAGCCUGAGCAGGAGGCUGCGCCCCAGGAGGAGGCGGGGGCGCAGGGGGACGCAGUGGUGCAGGGCGAGGAGCCCCCCAGCACGAGCGCGGAGCCCCAGGCACUGGAGCAGUUCGAAGGCGCUGCAGCACACAGCACCCCGGUGCACAGGGAGGUCACUGACAAGGAGCAGGAGUUUGCCGCCGCAGCUGCAAAACAGCUUGAGUACCAGCAAUUUGAAGACGAUAAACUUUCUCAGAAGUCAUCCAGCAGUAAACUCUCCCGGUCUCCACUAAAGAUUGUCAAAAAGCCCAAAAGUAUGCAGUGCAAGGUGGUCCUUUUGGACGGCUCAGAGUAUGCCUGCGAUGUGGAGAAACGCUCCAGAGGGCAAGUGCUGUUUGACAAAGUGUGCGAGCACCUGAACCUGCUGGAGAAGGACUACUUCGGCCUCACGUACCGCGACGCCGAGAACCAGAAGAAUUGGCUGGACCCUGCUAAGGAAAUUAAAAAACAGAUUCGAAGCGGUGCUUGGCACUUUUCAUUUAAUGUGAAAUUUUACCCACCGGACCCUUCCCAGCUAUCUGAAGAUAUAACCAGGUACUACCUCUGCCUACAACUGCGCGAUGAUAUCGUGUCGGGCCGGCUGCCCUGCUCGUUCGUGACCCUGGCCCUGCUGGGCUCCUACACGGUCCAGUCAGAACUUGGUGACUACGACCCAGACGAGUGUGGGAGUGAUUACAUCAGCGAGUUCCGCUUUGCCCCGAACCACACCAAGGAGCUAGAGGACAAGGUGAUCGAGCUUCACAAGAGCCACAGAGGAAUGACUCCAGCAGAAGCAGAAAUGCAUUUCCUGGAAAACGCCAAAAAACUCUCCAUGUAUGGGGUAGAUUUACAUCAUGCCAAGGACUCCGAAGGAGUAGAAAUCAUGUUAGGAGUUUGUGCGAGCGGUUUGUUGAUAUAUCGUGACCGCCUGCGGAUAAACAGAUUUGCCUGGCCCAAGGUUCUAAAGAUUUCAUACAAAAGGAACAAUUUUUACAUUAAGAUUCGGCCGGGGGAGUUUGAACAAUUUGAAAGCACCAUUGGAUUUAAGCUGCCAAACCAUCGGGCCGCUAAGCGUUUGUGGAAAGUGUGUGUGGAACAUCACACGUUUUUCAGACUAUUACUCCCAGAAGCACCGCCAAAGAAAUUCCUCACCUUGGGCUCCAAGUUCCGGUACAGCGGCCGGACGCAGGCGCAGACCAGGAGAGCCAGCGCGCUGAUAGACCGCCCGGCGCCCUACUUCGAGCGCUCGUCCAGCAAACGCUACACCAUGUCACGAAGCUUGGAUGGAGCAUCAGUGAAUGAAAACCAUGAGAUAUACAUGAAGGAUUCUAUGUCUGCUGCAGAGGUUGGUACUGGCCAGUACGCCACAACAAAGGGCAUCUCUCAGAGCAACUUGAUCACCACUGUGACUCCGGAGAAAAAGGCCGAGGAGGAGCGUGACGAGGAAGAGGACAGACGGAGGAAGGCCGAGGAGGCCACGCCUGUCUCCGUGACCCGGCACGAGGGAAAGCCUCCCGGGCUUGGCACUGACUCAUGUCCCUUGUCACCCCCAUCCGCCCAUCCCGAUCUUGCAUCCCCCCCAGAGCUCCGCAGGAGGUAUAAGGAGAAGGACCCCAAAGCACCAGGCUGCGAGGCGCCCCGAGCAGAGCCUGCGCCCAAUGAGCCCAUGGCGGAUGCCCAGGGCCAAGCCAAGGCGUGCCUGGGGGACCCAGAUGUGGUCUUCCACUUCCGGCCGCCGGCCAGCAAGGGCGCCACCCUGUUCUCCUUCUCCCUGCAGCUCCCGGAGUGCUUCCCGUCGCUGCUCGAUGACGACGGGUACCUCUCCUUCCCCAACCUGUCCGAGACCAACCUCCUGCCCCAGAGCCUGCAGCAUUACCUCCCGAUCCGCUCUCCCUCCCUCGUGCCCUGCUUCCUCUUCAUCUUCUUCUUCCUGCUCUCCGCCUCCUUCUCAGUGCCCUACGCCCUCACUCUCUCCUUCCCUCUGGCUCUGUGCCUCUGCUACCUGGAGCCCAAGGCGGCCUCCUUGAGCGCCUCCCUAGACAAUGACCCGAGUGACAGUUCAGAGGAAGAGACGGACAGUGAGCGCACAGACACCGCGGCUGACGGGGAGACCACUGCCACUGAGUCGGACCAGGAGGAGGAUGCAGAGCCCAAGGCACAGAAUAGUCUGAUUAAGCGAAUAAAGGGUGAAAAUGUGUAUGUCAAACAUAGUAAUCUUAUGUUAGAGGAGCUAGACAAAACUCAAGAUGAACUGAUGAAACAUCAAACCAACAUUAGUGAGCUGAAAAGAACAUUUUUAGAAACCUCCACAGAGACGGCUGUAACGAAUGAGUGGGAAAAGAGGCUUUCUACCUCCCCGGUACGGCUGGCGGCCAGGCAGGAAGACAUGCCCAUGAUCGAGCCUCUCGUGCCGGAAGAGACCAAAGAAGAAAGAGAGAUUUCUGAAAAAGUUAUAUUUUUGCAGCAAGGAAGUUCUGCAUUCCUUGAGGCUCAGACCAAGCCGUCAUCUGGAGAAAAGCUCAUGGACGGCUCUGAGAUCUUCAGUCUGUUAGAGUCGGCGCGCAAGCCCACAGAAUUCAUAGGCGGGGUGACUUCCACUUCGCAGAGCUGGGUGCAGAAGGUGGAAAGCAAGGCCGAGCCCAGCGAGGCGGAGACCAAGGGGGCCCCGCAGCCGCAGACGCCACUUGGCACGGAGAAGGUGGUGCAGGUGGAGACCGUACAGGUGGAGGAGCGGCGCGUGAUGAGCGUGCACGCCAGCGGGGACGCGUCUCACGCGGCGGGGGAGGACGUGGAGCCCGCAGGACAGCCUGUGCCCCGCGAUGCUUCCGGCACAAAGGGGAAGGAGGGCUCCGUGCUCGCGGAAGAGACAAAAGAGAGAGGCCCGGAGGCUGAGAAACUUGUCCCCGGACAGGAGGAGACAGCCACCGCCUCGCACAAGCCGGAGGAGGCCCCGGGAGCGGCUGUCCACGCUCCGGACACCUCUGCGCAGAUGGCGCAUUUUGAGUCGACAGCCAUGAAGAUAGAAACCAUCAGUUUUGGCAGCGGUUCACCAGCGGGUGGGGAACUAGACGUUUCUACAAAAGAAGUGCCGGUGGUUCACACAGAAACGAAAACCAUCACGUACGAAUCCUCACAGGUGGAUCCCGGGGCAGACCUGGAGCCAGGCGUGCUGAUGAGCGCCCAGACGAUCACCUCAGAGACCACCAGCACCACCACCACCACGCACAUCACCAAAACUGUGAAAGGAGGCAUUUCGGAGACAAGGAUUGAGAAGAGAAUAGUCAUCACAGGAGAUGCCGACAUUGACCAUGACCAGGCUCUGGCUCAGGCAAUUAAAGAGGCCAAAGAGCAGCACCCUGACAUGUCAGUGACCAAAGUAGUGGUCCAUAAAGAGACAGAGAUCACACCGGAAGAUGGAGAGGAUUGACCAGAGGAAUAACUUAGGUUGCACAUGAAUCCAGUAUUUGCAAAUCACUAGGAAAACCAGAGCCUCUACGGAGUUGCCUCUUCUAACCCAACUGACUCGUGUCUGUCCGUGGAAAAUUCCAGUCCAGAAGAACUGACCUUGACCAUUGAUAAGGACACUGGCAGAGAUCUUCCCGUAAUAAAGCAAUCUGAAUCAGCGUCACUAAACUGAUAUUGCAUGAAGCAAGGAUAAAAUUACAACCAAGCAGCGUUUUUACUUUUCACAAACGUCUCAGUUUUCAGCUAUACCUGCACGUUCACAACCAACAAUAUAAACCGUGAUCUCCUGUAACACACCGACAGUCCAUGCCUCCCAUAGUUUAUUAUUAUUACAGUCUCCACAAAAUUGCAGUUUCUUAGGCGAAACAUCCUUCGUUUACAGACACAUGAAGAUUACCCUACAGUGCUAGGAGCUGUCUAGGUCCGGUGUGUCCGAUUUACCCCAGAUUAGAUGUGCCAAUAACCGAGUCUAUUCAGUAAACAACUUGAAUCUUGUACUUGUUUCAUCUGGUUUUAUUAUUCUCACCCAUAAACAGUAAUGACUCUCUGACCCUCCGGAAACACUUAAUGCUUAUAAUCUUGCUUUGUGCAUCUAAUUUAAUCCGUUAAAAGGUAGAACUGGUUUUAGCAUAUUAAUGUGAUUUCUUCCUUCUUGUUCGCUUUGGUCUAUGUUCAAUCUGGAAAGCUUCCCGGAGCUCCCUAACAAGUCCCAAGUAUGUAAAUUGUCAUUGUUUGGAGAAGAAAACCUGUGUUUUUGUUAGUUUACAAUAUUAUGAAAUUUUGCUCCCAGAAAACCCAACGGGCUUCUGUGGCUGUGUUCUUUGUUUCUUUUUCUUGGUAUUUUUUUCAUGGAUUUUUUUUUCCUUCUUCUUUUACUUGAAAAAGAGUUUUAUUUCCAAAUCUGGUCCAUAUUUACAAUCUAGUUCAGAGCCAAGCCUUAAACUGUACAGACUUUCCACUGUAAUUAAACUAUUUAGUGUUUAGUUAUAAAUAGCCUUCAGAAAGAUAUAUUCUCCAUUCCCCUGUCGACUCAUUACACCCUGUGGUGAAUGUUACUGCAUAGCAAAAUAAAAAUGACAGAUGCAUCGAAAA